GGCCCGCGGCGCAGGCUCGCCUCCCUCACCGACACCUGGGCCCCGCCGGAUCCAGGCCCUCGCCGCCCGAUUGGCCGGCGGCGGAGCGUCGUGGCCGGUAUAAAGCCGGGGGAGCGCCGAGCGCGUCGCGUGAGCCGCACGCACGCGCGCGCGCACAGCCUCCGCGUUCCACCGGCAAGUCAACUCCGCCGGCCAGCGCCGCCGCGGCGCAGAGUUGCGGGCGGUUUCGGGGCCCCGGGCCGGGCCGGGCCGGACGGGAUGCAGUCGCUGCAGGACAAGGCGUCGGAGUGGAGCGGCGUGGCGGCCGCCGACGCCUUCGCCAUCGACGACGGCAACAUCUUCGAGGCCCUCGGCGGCACCCCGCAGCCCUUCGUCGACCUCUCCACCAACUUCUACACCAGGGUGUACGAGGAUGAGGAGGAGUGGUUCCGCGAGAUAUUCGCGGGGUCGAAGAAGGAGGACGCCAUCCAGAACCAGUACGAGUUCCUGAUCCAGCGCAUGGGCGGCCCGCCGCUCUUCUCCCAGAGGAGAGGACAUCCUGCCCUUAUAGGACGACAUCGACCAUUCCUGGUAACCCACCGAGCUGCAGAGCGGUGGCUGCACCACAUGCGGCAAGCUUUGGAUACAACUGAAAGCAUAGAUGCUGACUCAAAAACCAAAAUGAUGAACUUUUUCAGGCACACUGCUUACUUCCUCGUUGCUGGCAAUGAGAUGACAAGGCAACAGAGCCAAGGAGUAGCCUGCAAACAUGCAACAAGCAAACCAGCUGAGUAACCCAUUCUAGCCUUGGAGCUGGUAAGUGGUAACCAUGUGAAUAACGAAUGAUGGAAGCCUUUGCCCACUGCGCCAUUAUAGAAUCCCAUGUACAAUGGGGUUCUAAACACCUUCACAUUCAAAGAAACAAUUGCACUCUUUGUAGGCUUUAUAGCCACUUUUGAGCAGAGAGAGUGCUCAAAAUUGAUAAUCUUAGCUUGUUCCAAUAUAUGUUAUUCUGCUUUGUCUGUUGUGCUUGAGAGUUAUCCCUAAUGCAACAUCUGAGGGUGUCUCUGUUGCAAAUUCAACUUCGCUUAAA